AUGCUUAAUGCAGAAAAUGUUGCGCCAGUUGCACCAGUGCCAAUUCCAGAUGACGAUGUGACUCCCGAUAUUUCUGAUAAUGAAAAGGAAAAUGAUUCUACAAAAUCUCCCCCAAAAUUGCUUUCCAUAUGUAUGGCCAGUAAUAGAGAUGCCCUUAUGAAUUCCUACAAUAAUAACAGACCGCAUGCAGCUGGUUCUUCACAAAUUAGAAAUAACGAUAGCCCUAAAACACCGACCCAUUCUCACAAUAUUCACGUUCCAAAACCUUCUACAUCAGCAUUUGUAAGUCCUGAAGUAAUAAGACCACACCCAAAAGCAGGACCGAGAAAAGGCUCUGGAAAGGGGAGAAAAAAAGAACAAGAAGUGACAACGUCGGAAGAUGAAGAAUUACCGCCAUCGCCAGAAUCAGUUUUAAGUGCGUUUGAUGAAAGUGAUAUCUCUGGUAGCAGUUGUAGCGAAUCAGAGAAUGAAGAUGACUCCAAUGACUCCAUCAUCAUUGGAGAUUGGGUUAUUGUGAACCUAAUCUCGCAAAAGAAUCUCGUUCAUAAAUAUGUUGGGCAAAUACUGAGGGAAAGUCGAGCUGGAUAUGACAUUAAAUUCGCUAAAAAAAUUAAUGAUAAGAUGUUCAAGUGGCCUGUUAACGACGAUAUUAGUUCAAUUGCUAAAUAUCAAGUUGUGAAAAAACUACCAGAUCCGAAAGUGAAAUCAUCAUCAAAAAGAGUCAUUAGUUUUAUGUUUCCAAAAUCAAUAAGAAAAUUUAAUAUUGAGAAAUAA